UUUGGGUGAAUUUUGACACACCUAAGAAAAUCCCCAAAAUUCCAAAUUAUCGCAGCUAACUAAAUUCACAACAAAUAAUCUUUACUUACCUUUUUAGUUAACACAACCAAUAAAUUUCAAUUCCUAUCCCAAACCCAAGUCCCAGAGGCCCCCAAAUUUCUCAUCCCUCUCAGAAAGGUUAGCAGUUAGCUCUCCUGAUUUCGGCUUCCAUGGCUGCUGGGCAAUUGUGAUGACUUAAUGGGUGAACCAAAAAGGCAUAGGGUUCUGAUGGUCUCUGAUUUUUUCUAUCCCAACUUUGGUGGCGUGGAGAGUCACAUCUAUUAUCUGUCACAAUGCCUACUAAAGCUUGGUCACAAGGUGGUGGUUAUGACUCAUGCCUAUGGAAAUCGUUCUGGGGUCAGAUAUAUGACUGGUGGCCUGAAAGUCUACUAUGUACCAUGGAAGCCAUUUCUUAUGCAGAAUACAUUACCAACCUUCUAUGGGACACUUCCAAUUAUAAGGACUAUCCUUAUUCGAGAAAAAAUAUCGUUGGUUCAUGGGCAUCAAGCCUUCUCAACUCUUUGCCAUGAAGCUUUAAUGCACGCACGCACUAUGGGGUACAAGGUUGUAUUUACUGAUCAUUCACUGUAUGGUUUUGCUGAUGUGGGAAGCAUCCACAUGAACAAGGUAUUGCAGUUUACUUUAGCAGACGUAAGUCAGGCCAUUUGUGUUUCUCAUACAAGCAAAGAAAACACUGUGCUACGUUCAGGUCUGCCACCGGAAAAGGUCUUUGUUAUACCUAAUGCUGUUGAUACAGCUAUGUUCAAGCCUGCCGCGGAGAGACCCAGUGGUAACGAAAUUGUUAUUGUUGUGAUAAGUAGAUUGGUUUAUCGAAAGGGCGCAGAUUUACUUGUUGAAGUCAUUCCAGAGGUUUGCCGCAUAUAUCCCAAUGUUCGUUUCAUUGUUGGAGGAGAUGGACCUAAACGGGUGCGGUUGGAAGAGAUGAGGGAGAAGCAUUCUCUCCAAGAUCGAGUUGAAAUGUUGGGCGCUGUACCACAUGCUCGAGUACGAUCUGUCUUGAUUUCUGGCCAUAUAUUCUUAAACAGUUCGUUAACAGAAGCUUUUUGCAUAGCCAUAUUAGAAGCUGCUAGUUGUGGAUUAUUAACAGUCAGUACACGUGUAGGAGGUGUCCCAGAGGUUCUACCAGAUGACAUGAUUGUACUUGCGGAGCCAGAUCCUAGUGAUAUGGUACAGGCAAUCAAGAAGGCAAUAUCUAUACUUCCCAAGAUUGACCCACAAGCCAUGCACAAUCGUAUGAAGAAGCUCUAUAAUUGGCAUGAUGUUGCAAAAAGGACAGAGAUUGUAUAUGACCGUGCUCUGAAAUGCUCGAAUCAAAGUCUUCUCGAACGACUCUCACGGUAUCUCUCAUGUGGAGCUUGGGCAGGCAAGCUGUUUUGCUUGGUUAUGAUCAUUGGUUUUUUGUUAUGGCGACUAUUGCAACUAUGGCAGCCUGCAGAAGAUAUUGAGGUGGUACCUGAUAUUCUUCUACCCCAUGAUGAAGAUAGAGAAAUUUUGCAAGACUUCAAGUCUUCGACGAACACGGCUUGAGAUGAUUCUUUUUGAGUUUCCAUUGGUUUUUACAUUUUUGUUUUGUACUGGAAAUAUAAUGUAGUGAAUUAUUAGGUGGUCCCUCUUCUUUUUAGAACCGAUCAUAUAAGAGCAAAUCUUCAAGCAUUCCCAACAAAGAUUUUAGAACCUAGUUUAUUAAACUGUCAUAAGUUGU